AUGACGCAAUUCUACAAGGAGACAAAUCGAAUCGACGAUAAUGAAUCUAUCACAAGACUCGGAUUUCCUUCUCUCUCGACUACUCAUGGUAAAAUUCCAGUCGAUGAUGCCGUACGAAUUGCCUGCGAGGUUAUAAAGGAAUUUCUAAGCACUCGUAAAGGAGAUCAAAGUUUUGAAUUGGUCCUUGUCGAACAGGACAGUGACGUCGUGAAAGCUUUUGAAUUGCAGUGGAAAAAGUGUGAGGAAAAUGAGGUUGACGGAGAAUCGAGAUUUCAAAUAAGAAAUGGGAACUUGAAUAGAAGCAAAAGUGAAAUUGGAAUAGAAUAUGCCACCAUUUUGAGCAAACAAUUAUUUGAUGAAAUCGGUCCUAAAUUACUUGAAGAGAUAAAACGAUUAUAUCCAAAGACUGGCGUUGUUGGUGAAUCAUAUCCUGUACCACUGCCGUCGGACACGUAUCAAAGGGGAAUUGAAGGUGUCGAGCAGAUAAUAUACGUUGUAUCACCUAAUAUGAAUCCUUCUCGGACGGAUCCACUUUCACUUGACGAAGCCAAAAAUUUUCUAUUUGACUCAUACAGAUCAAUGCUUAACGCGUUUUGGUCGUUAAAAAACGGAGUGCAGCCUAUUUCAAAAGCGAAGGGACCAGAGAAGCAAUCGAUUUUCGAAACGAUGAUGGCCUCAGCACGUAAUCUUCAUACCAAAUCGACGGGUCCAGCAUCAAAGUCCACCGCAAAGCGGUCAUCGUCAUCUCACUCGGGACAUUGGUCAAAUGUUUUGUUACGGUACUGCGAUCAUCCCGAGACCUUGUCUGCUGAAGAAUUGUAUUAUUACGACGAUGAAUAUGUCAUAAUUUGGGAUCAAUAUCCAAAAGCAAAAAAACAUCUUCUGAUAAUGCCCAGAAAAAGAAUUGAUAGUAUCGGAGAAUUAAGAAGAGAGGAUUUGGGGUUGGUUAGAGGUUUAAAGGAGAAGGGACGAUGGGUUAUCGAGAGGUGA